UCUUAUAACGCUAACCAUAAAUAGGAAGGCAUUAACUGCACUCAAGAACCAUACACUUGUCUGGGUUAUUUCUUUCUCAUUGCUACUAGCCAUGGGUGCAACCAGCAUCACACAAGAGCUCACAUGCCCGAUCGCUCCGGCUCGCAUGUUCAAGGCGUUGAUCGUCGAGUCGAAUGCCCUGAUCCCGAAGCUCCUGCCUCAGUUCAUAAAGAGCGUGGAGCUCGUACAAGGCGACGGAGGGGCCGGGAGCAUCGAGCAAGUUAAUUUCACCGAAGCUAGUCAUUUCAAGUACGUGAGGCACCGGAUUGACGAGCUCGACAAGGAGAACUUCGUGUGUAGGUACACGAUGGUCGAGGGCGACGCGCUGGGCGACAAGCUCGAAUCCAUCAAUUACGAGGUCAAGUUUGAGGCCGCCGGCGACGGAGGGUCGGUUUGCAAGAUGAAGAGCAAGUACAACACCAAGGAGGCAUUUCAAGUUGAAGAGGAGGAGAUCAAGGCUGGGAAGGAAAAGGCCAUGGCCAUAUUCAGGGUUGUGGAGUCUUACCUCUUAGAGAACCCACAGGCCUAUGCAUAGGACAUGUUCCAACGCCGCCCUCUUCAUUAAGAUUGUUGUUUGUAAUUCUUUGCUAUGAUUUAGGUUUACACACAUGAAUUUGU